GCCUCUUAUAAUUGUCUCCCAAAGCCAGCUUUCCUUAGACACACACACACACACACACUCGCUGAUCUUGGUGGAGGAACGGAGACCAGUUCUGAAGCAAGAUGAGGACUCUGAUUCUACUCAGCGUCUGUGCACUGGCAGCUGUCUGCACAGCAGAUUCCUCAGAGUCCAAUGAAAUAGAUGACGUUCUGUUCCUCGGAAGGAGAGAUGCAAAUGCCUUUAUGAGACAUCCAAGACCUCUCAAUCAUUGGGACAGGGACCGAUACAAGUCUCCACGUGAGAGGACGAGGGAGAAGUGUGAAGAGUACCGACCAUGUGAGCGUCUGGCAAGGCAGGUGGGGCUCAAACGGGCCUAUGGGAAAUAUUUUGGCAACAAGAGACAGCGCCCGAUUGGCUAUGGGAGAUCGAGGCCCAGGAGACACCGAGCCAGUCGCUACAGGAACCAUCAUUACAGAUACUAGGCAGUGCUGCCAUGGAAACGAUAGCCAAAACACACAGUUAAAAUAAAAUCUGCAAUUAGCAGGAUAAUGUUACCUGGGAUAAGUUUCAGGAAAGCCCACAGCAACUGAACGCAAGAGGCCCAGCUUAAAUCAUCUCCUCCGGGCUCCAAACCUGACUGGAUUCAUGAGAAUCUGUUUGCCCUGCCUGAACCUCCUUACCCUGCACACGCUGACUGGCACUGGGUUACACUCUCAUUUGGCCUUACACCAGGAGACAAGUGGCUUCAUGUCUGAUCUUAAAGAGACCUCCAACCCGACACUGAGGCUAAAUUCAUCUCCAUCACUCACCAACCCGAAUUUACCAGAUUGACAUGGGAGCUGACACCCACCCACCACCCCCCCACCCCCCAAUCCUUCAUCCCACACACCCACCCCCAAAA